AUGUCCAAUGAGGACGCAGGAACAGUGCUUGGGGCGGGGCCUGGUGCCAGUUCGAAACGGAGGCGCCGCUGCAGGAAGAUGGCGGCUCGGCCGCGGCGGCAUCGCUCGCGGUAUGCGAAGCUGCCCCGGGGUGACUUUUGUGAGGUCGCUAGGAAGGCGACGGACGAAACUUCCUUAACGACUUCCAUGGAGUGGGACACGCAGGUGGUGAAAGGGUCCUCGCCGCUGGGCCCUGCAGGGCCGGGGGUGGAGGACCUGCCAUCCAGCCCGCGGUUGCCGUCGUGGCUGCAGCCGGAGAGGUGCGCCGUGUUCCAGUGCGCGCAGUGCCACGCCGUGCUGGCUGACUCGGUGCACCUCGCCUGGGACCUGUCGCGGUCCCUCGGGGCCGUGGUCUUCUCCAGAGUCACAAACAACGUGGUUUUGGAAGCUCCCUUCCUAGUUGGCAUUGAAGGUUUACUGAAAGGCAGCACUUACAACCUUUUAUUCUGUAGUUCCUGUGGGAUUCCCAUUGGUUUCCAUCUGUAUUCUACCCAUGCUGCCCUGGCCGCCUUGAGAGGUCACUUCUGCCUUUCCAGCGACAAGAUGCUGUGCUACCUCUUAAAAACAAAAGCAAUAGUGAAUGCAUCUGAGAUGGAUAUUUACAACGUACCUCUACCAGAAAAGGUUGCAGAGCUGAAGGAGAAGAUAAUGUUAACACAUACUCGCUUAAAUGCACUGAUGACAAUUCUGAAGGAAGUGACUCCCGGCCAGUCCAAGCCAGAAAACUGAUCCGACCAGAGCUUGAGUAUCAGGGUCAGGCUUUCCUGCUGUCUUCAACAACACAUGCUUUUUGAUCAUUUCUCAAGAAAGAUCGGCCUCAAGAAUGGAUGGCAAAUGUGGAUUAUUCUGUUUACCUCCGGACUGAUUUUCCAAAUGAUUUGUGAAGCUAUUUCUAGAAGAUGAGAAACUAAGGAGACUUCUGUCCAGGUUUCAUAGCUAUUUGCCUUAAGAACUUAUUGUAGCUUCUUAUCAAGUUUAUAAUACUUAUUUCUGGAAACAUCUUCAACUGCAAAUUUAGGGAUUAAAAGGCAGUGUCCCAUGAGUGCUCUGAUCUGAAGAUGCGUGGUUGGUUUGAAAAGAGUUGUACUUAAUGUUACUACUAUUAUUCCUACAUGGGACAGUUGUUAUAUGAAUACUGAAAAGUCAUUUUUUUUGUAUGUUAAAUACAGGUACAUACAUAUUCUGUAA